AUGGCGAUUUUAGGUCAAGGAGGCAGCGAGGCAGCGAGGGAGGUGGGUGGACAGGGUGAGGGAGGUGAAGGGGCGAAAGAGGGCGAUGAAGGAGGAAGAUGGGUUGAGGUAAGGCUAUUGUGGAGGUGGAGGGAGAAGUGGAAAAUGAGGAUUCGGGUGAAGGACGCCGACGGAGGAGGUGAUGGAGGGAGAGGCAGGGAGCAAAGCGACCAGUGA